UAGCUACCACGCCCAUAGCAUGAGCAAGGACAGUAAAUUGAGUGCAGGACAUAAAAAUAAUAAAUUAUUAGAUUAUAGACUAAUAGAUAAGGACUGGAGGAACAGUAAACUACCAACACUUGAUAUAGAAGUCCCAUCCCAAGAGGCUCCAUUACCAGAGGGUGUGGGUGGACAGGAGGCGUUUGAGGAGGGGGUGUGUCUACGUGAAGUUGAGAGCGUCUGGCGUGAGAGAUUACGUGAAUUGACUCCGCCUCCUUCCAGGUCUCAAAACUCAAAAUAAAAUGGCCGCUGAUUCCGAAGACUAUACAAGUCUAUCCCCAACACUUAUUGAAUGGAUAAAGGAAGAAAUUAAACCACUUUAUGAUGAGUACCUCUCGUACAUCAAAGAGAGUGGGAAAGACCCUGAGGAGGAACCCUAUCGUUCACUUUACUCCGCCCGUAAGACCCUCCUACUAAUUAAGGAUAAGAUAGGCCAGGCCCCGCCUGAAAUUAAUGACAGUCUCCACCCACUCUCAAUCACUCUCUCUUCUCUCUUAGCCGCUAAUUACAUCAAUACUGAUGAAACUAGUGCUGGACAGAGAGAAUAUGAAUCUAUUUUAGAAUUAUCAAAAUCUCUUGAAUUUCAGGGGCGUGUCACCUUUGCUAUGGUAACAGCUUGUAACGGUCUUGGAAUAGUGUGGUCAAAUAGAAGUGAGGAAUAUGAGAAGUCACUAGAGCUCUUAAAACAAGGAGAGACAUUGUACAAGUCGUAUCACCAUCCUCCACCAUUGUCUGAUGAAGAUCUGUUCAGUGGUGACAUCAGAGACGAAGGAGAGAGAGAGAAAACGUUUGAAGAUCUUCACACACACACCCUCUUCUACCUAGCUCAGGUCUAUACUCACUUAGACCAGCCGGGACUAUCAGCUCAGUACUGUCAGAAUACUCUCUCACGUCAACUUGAGACCAAGAGCUACGACCCCAUUGAAUGGUCACUUAAUGCAGCGACCAUAUCUCAGUAUUAUAUCAAUGUGGCUAACUACCCUCAGGCUAGGCACUGUCUGGCAGCUGCUAGUGUAGUCCUUCGUUCUUAUAGCGACGAGUUAGGAGGAAAGGGAGAAGAAAUGAAAGAGAAAUUGGAGCAGAGUGAGGCUGAUGUUAGCAGAUGCUGGAUUAAGUAUGCAAUAUCUUUAUUGACCCAUUCUUGUACUGAAUCAGGAGAAAGAGGAGGAGGUGGUGGUACGAGGGAAAAGGUUGCUAUAGUACACAGGUUUGAGCCGUUAGAGUUAGCUGAUGUUGAGGGACAAGUUUCUUGUGAUGUAGUUGAGAAUUAUCAAGACGCAUCUAAGGUAUUCUUAUUUGCCGAGGCACAGAUUAAAUCGGCUCAGAAAUUUUAUAAUUUAGAAGACCACGCGACCGAUUUCGUCUCUAUCUCUCAAGAUCACUCUUCUCUUUAUAAAGUCCUUUCUUUCUUUGAGUCUGACCUUUCCUUAAAAUGUCGGAUGCACAAACGUCGUGUCGACAUCCUCUCUUCUCUCCUCUCCUGUCUCAACCCUCAGUAUUAUCUAGUACUCAAUCGCCAGCUGAUGUUUGAAUUAGGUGACACGCUAAACGACAUGGCUAACAACAAGAUAAUACUAGCCAGUGAAGAAGGAUCUUCUCCUUCACAGCAUCAAAUCCAAAAAAUAAACAGACUACUGAACGACGCCAUCAAGCACUACGGAGAGUUUUUCUCAAGUUUUGAGACUCAACCAGAAGCUGAGUACUUGCACUCUUUCCUCACGUCAAAGCUCAACGUGGCUCGCUUGCAUUCUAAACUUUUAGCAGGAAACCCCGGGGAACAAAUCAAGAAUUUGGAGACCUCAAUUCAAUCGUACAAAUGGUUAAUUGAAUAUUGUGAGUCACAUACUGAAGAGAUCAAAGAAGUAUUUACUGAGGAAUUAGGAUUGUGUAAAGAAAUGGUGGCAUUGCUGCCACAAAAAGUAGAAUUGAUUAGAUCACAAAAUAUUACAAUGUGAAUGACUGAGUGAGUUCAAUCUUGUAUCAUGUUUGUUGUCAUUGUUUUAUGAAAGUAGUUUGGAGCUAUUUCAAAUAGCCAUUUUGGA